CGGGGGAGAGGUGUCUGGAGUUUUUGGGGAAGCUUUUCCUUGGGAAUCAUGAAUACCCGGCAGCAAAGCAAAAUUAUCUACUCCUGGUAUGGAAAACCCAUGUGCUCAGACAGAAAACUGAGGACUUUGCAGUACAAGGGAAUCCUUAUUAAAUCUGAAAGAAGCGGAAAAGAAACAUGUAUACAACUUGGCGAGUUUAUUUUAGUAGAAGGGGAGAAUGCAGAUCAACCUUUUGUGGCACAACUUCUGGAUUUAUAUGAAGAUGGUGUUCAGCAGAAACAUGCAGUUGUGCAAUGGUUCUCUCAUAUUACAGAGAUACCGCAGAAUAAACGGAAACUGCUAAAAAGAGAGGUUUCUCCCCAAGAGGUGUUUUUUGACCAAGUUUCUGGUUAUGACACUGAUAUAGCUGUGGAGACCAUUAUUAAAAGCGUCAUGGUAAUACCCCUACAUCUGCGGGAGGAACUACCUAUUCAAUUAAACAAGGAACAAACUUUCUAUGUAAAACAGUCUUGGGAUGGGAAAUGCUUUAAGGCUUUGUCCCCUGACACAUUCUCUAAGCUGAAAGAAGCUAGUAAGAAAGGAGGUGGCAUCCCAAACUCUUCAAACUCAUUUAUUCCUUCAGACGUCAAUUCCCCCCUGAAAAAAGAGACGGAGAGAGUUAUUCAGAGUGCCUCAAAACCAAAAAAUGUUGAAUUGGAAAUAGAAUCAAAACAUUCUGCUUCCAAGUCCUCCCUUGCUAAGGAGAGACAUUCGCAAAGAGUGGCUAAUAGCUUCAAAACUCCAACAGCAAGGAAGAAGUUACAGUUAAACAGUCCCACAAAGUCUCCUAAAGGCAGGAUCCUGGGAUGUGACGUUUUGGAACUUUUGGAUGACGACUGUGAUGCUGUAGCACCAUUAGAACCAUCGGCUACCAAAAGAAAAGUGAAAUUCACUGGCAUUUUAGGCUCACCACCAAAAAUACCUUGCGCCAAUGAUAAGUCAAAGUCAGUGUCUGAUGCUGCAGAGCACAGCCAGAGUUUUAGUGAUACAAUACGAUUAUCCCCCUAUAAGGUCAAAAACUCCAGUGAGAAAGCCAAGAAUCAUAACAUAAAACAUGACAUUAUAUCUUUAAUUGGACAUCAGGAGCUGCGUAGUCAGAGCCCUGUGUUGACCCCUCGUUCUCGUAGACUAUGUGCAGAAAAAACAUGCGCUCUCAUUACUGAGCAAAUCAGCUUAUUAAAUAAACUAGAGUUGAACCAAGAAGAGGAUUUUCUGUCUAACUCAGACAGCUCUUACUCUUCGAGUAGUGAGGAAGAAGAGAGUGAUGUGAUCUGUACACCAGAAAAGAAAACUAAAUCAAGCAGAAUAUUCAGCACCCCAAAAUCUUCAAGGAAGUCUGCAAUUCACACUCCUAAGACCCUGAAGAAAACUUCUUUACCAGGAACACCCAAGACACCCCGGAAUGCAACUCCUGAAAUUCCCAGGCGCAACCAUGAAGCACAGAAACCAGCCAAUAUACUAGAAGAAGCCAGAUUAAGGCUGCAUGUUUCUGCUAUCCCAGAAUCUCUGCCUUGUCGUGAGGAAGAAUUCCAGGAUAUCUAUAACUUUGUGGAAAGCAAACUUAUUGAUGGUACAGGAGGGUGCAUGUACAUUUCUGGAGUGCCUGGAACAGGUAAAACUGCAACUGUUCAUGAAGUAAUUCGCUGUCUUCAGGAAGGUGCAGAAAAUGAUGACCUACCAUCAUUCCAGUUUGUAGAGAUUAAUGGCAUGAAGCUGACUGACCCUCACCAAGCUUACGUGCAGAUACUAGAGUUACUGACAGGUCAGAAGGUGACAGCAACACAUGCUGCAGCACUGCUGGCAAAACUGUUCAAUACACCUGGACCAAAGAGGAAGACCACAGUGCUGAUAGUGGAUGAGCUUGAUCUUCUGUGGACCCGGAAACAGAAUGUGAUGUACCAUUUAUUUGACUGGCCAACUCAAAAACACUCCAAGUUAAUCAUCCUGGCCAUUGCUAACACCAUGGACUUGCCAGAGAGAAUAAUGAUGAACAGAGUAGCUAGCAGGCUGGGCCUCACCAGAAUGUCCUUUCAGCCCUACACCUACAAACAGUUACAGCAAAUUAUUUCAUCCAGACUGAACAGCAUGAAGGCAUUUGAAGAGGAUGCAGUUCAGCUGGUUUCCAGAAAGGAAACAUUGCUAAAGCAACAUCCUUACUUUUUCCACCUACUUGGGGAAGGCAGCAGUAUAUUCCAAGAGCUGAAGGCGUGACAACAAGAGUCAUGAUAAUGCGUAAUGAUGUCAGCUUUCUCCAGUGUUUGGCAUAAUGUUGCAGCACUGUCUGGUGAUGCAAGGCGUUGUCUUGAUAUCUGCAGAAGGGCCACUGAGAUCUGUGAGUUUGCUAGCCAG